AUGAUGGAGACUCUCCCCAAAGCCCUGGAGGUCGACGAGAAGUCUCCUGAGUCCAGGGACCUGCUGCCCAGCCAGACUGCCAGCUCCCUAUGCAUCAGCUCCCGAAGCGAAUCUGUCUGGACCGAAGCCCCCAGGAGUAACUGGGAGAUCUACCGCAAGCCCAUCAUCAUCAUGUCUGUGGGCGGGGCCAUCCUCCUCUUCGGCGUGGCCAUCACCUGCCUUGCCUACACCCUGCAUCUGGGGCAGACGAGCCUGAAGGUCCUUAAGAUGACGGGGCCUGCAUUCCUGUCCCUGGGACUCAUGAUGAUGGUGUGUGGGCUGGUGUGGGUGCCCAUCAUCAAGAAGAAACAGAAACAGAGGCAGAAGUCCAUGUUCUUCCAGAGCAUCAUGUCCUUCUUCUUAAAUCGCUGA